GGGAGCCAAGACAAGCAGCAUGACCAGCUCUUUGUGCAGGGGAUAGUUUCAUUCCAAAGAGAGCACCAUGGGAGCCUUGCUCUGGGUUGUUGUUAUCCUUGUUAAUGAAGUGACAGCAUUUAUACAUCCACGCCAGCCUUCGCCCUGCCAAGUGCACCAAAAAAGCGCAUACUGCAAUGAUUUAAGCCUGAGGACCGUCCCUGCCAGGCUGCCUCCAGACAUCCAUAAACUGGACCUUUCGGGAAACCUUCUUCAAAAUCUCACACAUGAGGUUUUGGCUGUUUACACCACCGUGCACCACCUGAACUUUCACUCUAACAAGAUUGAAUUCAUUCAACCUGGCCUCUUCAAAGAUAUGAAAAAUCUCCAAGUACUGGAUCUCUCCAGGAACUACUUGGAUCUUUUUGCUGCUCGGAAAACUCAUGUAGGGCCCCUUACUUCUGUGGAAAAGCUUGACCUAUCAGGUAAUGGGCUAUACACGGAUAUGAGUGAUUACUUUCUGCAAGACGCUCCAGCACUUAAAAACCUCUCCUUAGAUGGCAACAGCAUAACCAAAAUAGGCAAAAACACCUUUGCUGGAUCUUCAGCUUUAAGAAACAUUGACCUGCAUAAUAAUGUUAUCCUAGACAUUGAGGAAGGAGCAUUUGAAUAUUUGGACAGUCUUGCUGAACUUGAUUUGUCAGUGAACUCCAUCUCUUGUAUCGCCGACUUUAACUUACACCAACUAAAAUCACUUAACCUGAGCAAAAACAGCUUGGAGCACUUUCAAACCAGGGACUCAGACAGGGAGUAUGAGCUUCUCUACCUGGACUUAAGGGAGAAUAAGAUCCUCUACUUUCCAAUACUCCCCAGGAAGAACAAGCUCAUAUACCUUGAUUUGUCUAGAAACCUUUUGAGGAGUAUUAACACGACUGCUACUGCUGAGGAGCUGGAGUAUUUGAAAAACACAGAAUACCUGGCUCACGUGCACUUAAACUUAAAUCAAAAACAUCAAGAUCUACCACAGCUUCUUUUCUUAGACUUGAGUUACAACCAGAUCAAGACUAUACCAUCUGCAUUUUUUACCACCACCAUGGCUCUUGAGACUCUGAACAUAAGCAAUAAUUGUUUAGAGAGCUUUACUAUAGACCAAGAAAGUCCUUUAAAUUCACUGAAAACCCUUGAUCUGAGCUUCAAUGCCCUACAGAACCUUUCCUUUGGAGAGAGCACUUUGCAGUCUUUGGAGGUGCUCUAUCUGCAGGGAAAUUAUCUUACCACCUUAGAAUUUGACACAUUUCACAGAUUGCCCAGCAUCAGAGGACUGCAUCUUCAGCAGAACUACCUGACCAUUUGCUCCUCACAGAGCAGAUCACCCCAGAAUCAUGGAUGUGUCUCUUUCUCCUCAGUACCAACACUGCACUACUUGUACCUCUCUGGAAACAGCUUAGAGUCAGUUCCCCAGUAUGCCUUCCGUGGCAGUCCACUCUACAUUCUGGACCUAUCUGAAAACCCGGGUGUAGAGAUUCAUGAAAAUUCCUUUUCUGGGUUAGAGGCAACCUUGACUCAUCUAUCCCUGAAAAGCAACCACCUGCAAGAGCUGAACACAGACCUGUCUGUCUUUGGCAAUCUCAAAUUUGUGGAUUUGUCCAUUAAUAAGCUGACAGGCCUCCCUCUUUGGGCCAAGGAGUCCUCCAUUGAGUCUUUAAACCUGCAGAACAAUAGCCUGGUCACCUUGGAGUACAACACAGUGCUAGCUCUAGAGAAAUCUCUCAAAACCCUCUAUAUGGGUUCUAAUCCCCUUAGAUGCUGUGGCAACAGUAGGUUUCUCAACUUAUUCAAGGCUUCUAAUGUUGACAUCCCUGAUAUUGACACAGUGACAUGUUACUACAGAAAGGACUCAGAGUAUGUGGAGAUUAACAUUAGCCGUGUUAUGUCAGAGCAUUGUCAGACACUAGAUAGAACAAGUGUAAUUGUCAUCUCUGUUGUGGUGUUAGCAGUGCUGAUGGUUGUCCUGCUAGUUGUAGUUACUAAACUCUGCCAGCCCACAAGGCAUAGAUUCAACAGAAACUUCAAGGCCUGAAAGGUCUCAAGAAGCAAAAGGGGAAAGACAGCUGAAGGUGGUUCACCCUGAAGAAAAUAUAUGACAGCACCCAGAUCCCAUACCGCGGGUUUCAGUAUGAGGUUGUGGACGUGUACAACUGUGUGGGGGUGGUUUUAUGUUUAGCAAUGGAAAUCAUUGUAGGCAUAUGCUAAGGGCUAAAGCCUCCAUGAAGAAUAAGUGUCCUGCAGCUGUUUCAAACUCACUUUGACGAUCACAGCCAUUGUUGUUAUUGGGAAUCUUAGUGGAAGAGGCUAUAAUGAGUCCAUGAGUGAUUUCAAUCAUUUGGAUCAGAUUUCAGCAUUUUGGUGAAGUAGUUUUAUCUUAACUUUAAAAGGUAGAAGAAUAAGGGGGAACUAAUGUCUUGCUGACUGAUCUUUUAUUCAUUACCAUUCCUCAGUAUUAGUAAAAGUUAAAAAAUAAUGUCUAGUAAAAAGCUCUUUUAGACUGAGGAGGAUCUGAAUUUGUCUAAGUGCUGGCACCCAAGGUAGCAACUGAAGGUAGUCGAGAGUAGCAUGAAAUGCAGGUUUACUGGAAUGAAAAUAUGUAAAUGUUUGUGGACCAGCACUUGUACAGUAAGAACAUAGCAUUAAAGUUUUACUACCUAUUGUAGUUAAAAGAAGGAUCGCUGUUUGAUAUAGAAAUGGGUGUUUACAGACACUACACUUCCUCAAGAUUAUCCUUGGCUAAGUAACGCAUUAGUUUGCACUUUGUGACUCUGUAACAGUUGUACCAUGUGACUAUAAAUUUGUGAUGGUAGAUUUUGCAAGUAAUAUAUAACCCCCCCAAAAAUAUCUAACACUACAUAUUAUGUAAACACUAUUGAUAUCUGAUGUAUACUGCUGUUCAGAGUACAAUCAUUUCUUUCAUCAUCAAAACAUUCUUAAACUCUUAUAUUUUGGGUUUGGAUUGUCACCAUCUUAAAAGCACAUAAUAUCUUUUGUCUUAUUGUUUUGCAGACCUCUAAAGUUGAUAAAUAUGUGAUUAAUGCUAUGAAGGUAAUUUUUUGUUAUGGCAAGUUUUGUGUGUUUUCACGCAGAGCAGCGGUGGGAUUAGGCUAAAAUAUGGCUGAUGCAAUAUCUGUAAAGGAAGCAGUGCUGUUGGAACACCUGCAGUAAAAAUGAGGCUUGUUUUUACAGCUUGUAGGGUACUGCAGA